UAGCUUCUGUAGUUGGCUCACAAAUCCCUCCUCCAUCCACUGCUCACCAUGUAUUCACGUCCUCCCUGAGUCUGCUGUGAUGUGCUGUGUUUCUUCAUCCAAUCACUGCAGGCUGCUCUAUAACCCCCUCCUCCCUGCUGCAGUCUGACAGGACAGGAGUAAGCACAGAGGAUGUGCUUAAGCUCUAACAAAGAUGAUGCUGUGGCCGGACAGGAUUAUAUUCUGGAUGGGCAACAACUGAAUGGUUGUAACCCAGAAUCUGAACAAAAAGUGGGACGUGUCCAAGAGGCAAUAUGGCGAAUGAAAGCUUUGCUGAAGCUCUGCACAGACUGAAGGAGAUCCAUGACAAGGAAGUAAUAGGUAUGCAAGCCAAGCUCACAGAAUUAACAAUGGAGAAGUGUCGAGACUCGCAACGGGUUGAAGAGUUAUUUUCAAAGAACCAUGUACUAAGGGAGCAGCUAAAAGUGCUGAAUGAAAACAUAAAGGUGCUCGAAAACAGGUUGAGAGCUGGUCUAUGUGAUCGGUGCACAGUAACCCAAGAACUAGCAAAGAAGAAGCAGCAUGAAUACGAAAACUGUCACUUCCACAAUCUUCAGCAGAUCUCAUCUCUAACAAAUGAAAUUAACUUGUUGAAGGACGAGAACAAGACUCUACUGGAUGAGCUGAGGAAAGUCAAAUGUGCCGAGAUGAAUAUCAGUGGGAGAAGCAGAUCUAGAAGUAAUUCCCCAGAAAAUAAUAUCACCCCUGAGGCUCAGCAGCCCGGAGUCUCCUCUGGGAAUCACAAAAUCAGCACAGAAAAGACCAGCAAAGACAAGGAGAUGUCAGAGAUAAUCCUUGAACGUCAAGUACCUGAAGAAACAUGCGCAGCAGUCUUAAGACUGUCAUCGGCAGUGAAGAAUCUGCAGGGACUAGAUAAUGAAGCUCGCCAGGCUGACAUGAAUAUGUCUGGUGUGCAGAAACUCUUCCUUAGUACUCACAACCAGCAACGAAUAUCCAACCAGCUUCAUGGAACCAUCGCUGUAAUGAGACCAGGAGCCAAGGGUGGACACAAUGUGCAACCACCACCUAUGAAUAAGUGUAGCCCUAACCAUGAAAUACAUUCGAAGGAGCUCCCGGUGGAGACGCGUAGCUCGCCUUUUCCUCUUGAACCUUUAAAACACGUCCUCUCAGCAGAACAAUUUACUCUCUUGAAACAACACUACAUCCAGAAGCAUCUGGCUCAACGCGGUGGUGGAUUGCAGAGUGAUGGGGCAGCUCACAUUUUACUGGACAAACAUUUGGAAACUCCUUUAGAAAGGAAACGAUCUGAAGAUAACUGGGAAGAAAAGGUGGCGAUGGCAGAGCUGCAAGGAGCCAUGUUAUACGUCAGAGAGCAAGGACUGAAGAACAGAAUAAAUCAAGCAGCCCAAAGAGAGAAAGUUCACUACUUGCUAACCAAGCAAAACCAAGGACUUAGGAUAGCAAACUCAAGAGGCGACGUCCAGAAAUGUCUACGGAGGGAAAGCCAAGAAGACAGGGAAAUGUCCCUGAUACAGGUCUUAAGUGCUCACUGGAGGAACAGCAAGCAGAUCAAUAGCCAAGAAGGAGAGCAAGACUUGGAAGAGAAAGAAACCAAGUGUGUAGAGGCCGAGAUGACAUCCGAGGAGAAUGAGGAGGCUCCAGACAAACCACUGGACCUUUCCGACACCAAAAGAAGUCAACACACCUAUCCAAAUGACAUCAAGAGAGAACAAAGGCAUAGCUAUGAGGGCCCUACACUAAGCCCAGCGUACAGAAAUAACACCUCCCCUCCUGUCAGGACAUCGUGCUCUGACCGCAUACAUGGAACUGGGCUGGAAGAUCCCAACUCAGUGGCUAAGGGGGAACAUGAAAAAGACAGUGAAGAAGACACAAAAGACAAAGUGGUUGACUUUAAUCUGGUUCCACAAGCAGAGAUAGAAUUGUCUUCCAUGAAGAGAACAAAGGGGCACAAAAGAUACCGAGACUCAGAUGAGGAUGAAGAACAAAUUAUGGAUGCCAACUCCGCGCAACAAGACAUGGACGAGGGAUCAGGCACAUCAGACAGUGAGGAAAAAAUGGAAAGAUCAGAACAAUCCCCAGCAGACAUGCUAAGAGACAGCUACCCUAAUGAGAGGAACCUAGACAAAGCCAGAUGGAAGAAGAGAUUGCCUCAAGCAACCAAGAAAUCUCUCAGAAAGAAGAAGAAAGUCACAGUCGAGUCUACAGAGAGUGACACCUCUGAGGAGAAUGACCAAAAUGACCAACCUGAGUGACUGGACAGGGAAUGGAAUGACAAUACCUACAUGUAGUAGAGAUACAGGAACGGGCCUGCAACAUAUGGUGAAGACCAGGCUGAAGCCCUCAGUCAUAGACCCCCAUGUUAUCUUAAUAUAACUCACUAUUUGGCUAUGAGGAAUGAGGGGUAUACCAUCAGCCGCUAUACAGUGUAAUCGUGACAUUGUAUAAAACUUUUAUUUAUUGGUUGAGGUGUCAGACACAAAAUUUACUUGAUACAUAGCUAGAGAGUCAUAAUUUGUGCAAGAGAAAGAGGAAAGAUAAAUAGGGCUGGCAGAGAAAGUCAAGGUGUGGUAGUUGGGUAAAUCCUGCCAUAUUUCUGUGCAAUCUGGGGAGAACAAUAAAGUGGUCACUAGAGACGCCACAGGGAUUGCAAAAGAGAUGUCACAGGAUACAUUGGGGGUAUAUUGCUAUAGGGUAAACCAUCACAGUCUGAUUGGUUGGGGUUGGUCCUGCAGUCCGUAUGGAGAAGCAUUGUACCGAGUGCCUGUCACCUGCCCCCAUAUAGAGAACAGGUACAUGCGCCACCAUACAAAGUGCCUGCUGAAUGCCAUUUAUAUACAGUGCAACCACAUGCACCCUAUAUAAGGUGUCUGCUGCAUACCUCCAUAUACAGUGCAGACACAUUCCACCCCAUACUAAGUGCCAGUUACAUACAUCACUAUAGAAAGUGCCUACUGAAUGCCAUUUAUAUACAGUGCAGCCACAUACACCCUAUAUAAGGUGUCUGCCGCAUACCUCCAUAUACAGUGCAGACACAUUCCACCCCAUACUAAGUGCCAGUUACAUACAUCACUAUAGAAAGUGCCUGCUGAAUGCCAUUUAUAUACAGUGCAGCCACAUACACCCUAUACAAGGUGUCUGCCGCAUAUCUCCAUAUACAAUGCAUACACAUAUCACACCAUACAAAGUGCCUGUCACAUCCCUCCAUAUACAGUGCAGGCACACACAUCACCAUACAACAGUGUUUCCCAACCAUGGUGCCUUCAGCUGUAGCAAACUAAAACUUGUCUGAAAAGGCUAGGAGUUGUAGUUUUGCAACAGCUGGAGGCACCUGGAGACACAUUCCACACCAUACUAAGUGCCUGUUACAUGCAUCACCAUACAAAGUGCCUGCUGAAUGCCAUUUAUAUACAGUACAGCCACAUGCACCCUAUAUAAGGUGUCUGCUGCAUACCUCCAUAUACAGUGCAGACACAUUCCACACCAUACUAAGUGCCUGUUACAUGCAUCACCAUACAAAGUGCCUGCUGAAUGCCAUUUAUAUACAGUGCAGCCACAUACACCCCAUACAAGGUGUCUGCCGCAUACCUCCAUAUACAGUGCAGACACAUUCCACACCAUACUAAGUGCCUGUUACAUACAUCACCAUACAAAGUGCCUGCUGAAUGCCAUUUAUAUACAGUGCAACCACAUGCACCCUAUACAAGGUGUCUGCUGCAUACCUCCAUAUACAAUGCAUACACAUGUCACACCAUACAAAGUGCCUGUCACAUCCCUCCAUAUACAGUGCAGGCACACACAUCACCAUACAACAGUGUUUCCCAACCAUGGUGCCGUCAGCUGUAGCAAACUAAAACUUGUCUGAAAAGGCUAGGAGUUGUAGUUUUGCAGCAGCUGGAGGCACCCUUGUUGGGAAACACUGUCAUAUAAUGUCCUUGCCGUAUGGUUUAAUAUACAGUGAAGACACAUGCCACAUCAUACACAAAGUAUUAAAUACAUCACUGUAGGAAUAACCUGUCACAUGUCUCCACAUACAAAGCAGCCACAUGCCCCUAUAUACAGUGUCGCUACAUGUCCCUACAUACACAUAUAUACCAUUUUAGUUGGUUGGGGUGGGUGCAGGGGUCCACAUGGUGAGUCGUUCACUUUUAUGGAUCAUCCACGCAACCCCUGGAAUAGGUGGCAAGCAACAAUAGAAGUUGUAUGUGGCUUUCUUAGCACUACUGUCACUUCAUAGUUGAAGCCCACCUAAUUGGACUUGGAUGGUGUCUCCUAGGAAUGUGUCACCCAUGUAUCCAGAGACAUCCCCUUUAAGGUCACUGUCACUUAUAAUAAGAAAGGCAGAGCACAGUGUGUUGUGCAGCCCCUCUCCCAACUCUAUAAUAUUACAUAUCUCAGGUGAAAACAGAAUGUGUUCCUUCAUUACGACCUUUGCACUUAUCAAAAGAUAGAUUGUUAGUUGUAGUGCAGCGUUUCCCUAUACAAUAAGAUAACUCCCAUCAUGCCCUGUAACUGCUUGUCCAUUGUAAUAAGAGAUCAGCUCCAAGGUUCCCCCUUAUAUUUUCUCUAUAUAUAUAAUCAUCCUUAUUUUCGAUAUUGAAUGUAACGGUUAUGUACCUACACAUUGUAUGCACUUAUUCACUAAUACACCUUCCACCUCUAGUUGUUUUCUGUGGCUGGCAUCAAUGGCAGUGUACACCAAUUCAGCAAAAACAUGUUUCCUGAAGAACUGCAAAGCAUUGUCUGACAAAGUAAUGGAGAACUCUGACCAGUGCAAGCAAACUAAGCACUGUCCUUUCCUGCCUAUAUGACAUAUCAGAAUAUUUUCUCAUAGAGUUUCCCUUUAACCUCACUAAUUCUUCCUACACUCCCCCGGACCAUGAAGCAACCCAACGAAUUAGAGAGUAGGAGAUGUGUAGUGUAAGUCGUCCCUCUCAUCUUCUUUUUGUGAUACUUUCAUAGAUGUUGUACAUAUAAAUGUGUGUACAGGUUCAAUAAUCCUCCAAUUAUGUAAUUGUUGUGACUGCUAUUCUGUAAUAUGAUGUGAUUUAAU